CGUCAAACUAAACCUAUAAAGAGUGCCUACACGGCCGCACCUACCCAUCUUUUCUCUGCUUACUUCCUUAAUAACAUACGGCAAUUUGAUUCUUAUUAUAUAAUUAAGGGAACGAUUUGGUAUAUGAUUACGAUAAUUCCAAAUCUAAUUUUUCUAUUUGGAUCUAUACAGACGCAUGCUUCAACAGUUCAACUUGCAUUAGAUAUUUUAGAUAUCUUUGUCCAUUUUAUAUUAUUUGAUAAAUUCUUAACAAGUUAUUUAUUACCGUUUUGUAAAAUAACAUACUUUUACAGAACCAUGAAUUAUUUAUUUGUAUUCAAUGAUUCUGGCAUUUCAUGUUUUCUUAAUCUAGAAAUAAUGUCAAUCAAAUUUUCUAGAUAAGAACAUCAAUUUUCAAAAGUUUUAAUAAGGAAUAUACUACAAUAAUAAAGGAAAAAUCAAGGAAAAAAUAUGUUUGGCUUUAUGGAUACUUCAAUCUCGUUUUUUUUUUUCGUAAAGUACUUUUCAAUUUUUCUUAUUCAUACAAACCUUUUCAGCCGAUAUUACAUGGAUUUUUAAUAAUUAUUUUAUAUAUCCUCUAGUUAUCUGCAAUUAUCAAUUAUGUAUAUAAGUAAGAUGUGUAUGUGUGUCUCUAUUAUUAUCUAACUAGUUCAGAUUCUUCUUCCUCUCAAAGCAACAACAAGUUCUUCUCCUCUCUUUCUUCUUUUCUCUUCAUACAUCAAACAACAUGACUCGCUCCUCUAGAUUCCUCGGAUCGGCGACGGCGCCGCCACCGCCGCAAGAAAUCCUCGCCGCGGAAACCGACAUGGUCGUGAUUCUCUCAGCUCUCCUCUGCGCUCUCAUAUGCGUAGCCGGCUUAGCCGCCGUAGCUCGCUGCGCCUGGCUCCGCCGUCUCACCGGCGUUAAUUCCGCCGCCGUUGGCGAAUCUCCGCCGCCGCCGAGCAAAGGUCUCAAGAAGAAAGCGCUCCAGUCUCUCCCUAAAUCCACCUUCGCCGCCGCAGACUCGCCGAGCUCCUCCGCCGGAGACGGAGACUCAUCCACCGAGUGCGCCAUAUGCUUAACGGAGUUUUCCGACGGAGAAGAGAUCAGGAUAUUACCGCUAUGUAGCCACGCCUUCCACGUGGCGUGCAUAGACAAAUGGUUGACUUCUCGGUCGUCGUGUCCUUCUUGCCGCCGGGUUUUGGUUCCGAUGAAGUGUGAUCGGUGUGGACACCACGCUUCCACGGCGGAGUCUCACGUUAAAGACCACCAAGAUCGUUCACAGUUCACUCCCGUCAUUAUUCCUGCUUUUCUUCCUUAAAAAGUUCACUUUAUUUUAUUUUAUAAUUAAGCGAAAUAUUAUCGGCAUGAUUAGAGAAAAGUAAAGUAUUCAUUAACUAUGAAUUAGGAAUCUUUUUGUUUACUUUGAUCUUUGUCUGUUCCUCUUUGUAAAACUGUAACACUGUUCUGAACCUGAAUCAAUCAGAUGGAGUUUCUAAGUUCGAUAUGUUAA